UAAACACUAGCGAAGACCUUAUGCUUUUUCACAUUGUGGUAUCUUAUAAGGUUCCUGUAAUACUCAGUGUCAGCUGAAUCUACAGUGUUGUUCAGUUCAUAGUGAUAAUGGAAGGCGAACGAGUGGGCCCUGAAGGCGCUGAGAGCCGAGUAGAUGCGACCAGCGUAGUCGCAAACAUGUCAGAAGUUGGGGACGACGUUCCAGAGGGGUCCCAUGGAGAAAAAACUGAAAAAAAAAAGAUAAUCAAGGACGAGAAGUGGCUGCCAAACAAGAAUUACCUUCGUGCGCUGAUGUCGAUGGGAAUUCGCAAAAGCGACGCUGUAAAAGCUCUCUACCACACGAAUAAUUCAUCAGCAGAUUCCGCAGCCACCUGGCUAUUUGAAAGCAUUGAUACAGUAAAUAGCAGUCAAAUGCCGCCUGGGUGGAGUUUACAUGACGCUAUGUCAUCUCCGGAUGGCUCGUCGGCCUCUUCAUCUGACGAUGAAGGCGAUUUGUUGUCGGGAGAUCUCUAUAAAAUGGUGUUUGUUAUUAACGGCGAGUUAACCAUGGGAACGGGAAAAGUUGGAGCACAAGUGGGUCAUGCGGCUGUGGGCCUUUUUCGGGUUCUAAUGAGCGAUGAGUUCAGAUACGGUCGAAUGCUUUGCGCCUGGGAAGAUUCAGGUGAGACAAAAAUUUGCCUGAAAGGUAAGAACACCCAAGAGCUUUUAGAUCUUGAAAAGAGUGCCCAAGAGAAGGAUCUUCCAUGCUAUCUCGUCGAGGACGCCGGCCGAACGCAGGUACCUGCCGGAUCUUUGACCGUUCUGUCCAUUUUUGGCAAGGUCGAAGAUGUUAACAGUGUCACUGGCAAACUGAGACUGCUCUAACCGACUCGGCAGAAAGCUGUCUGUUAUUCCGUAUUAACAAGGCGGUUGCCUCCCUUGAUUACGGUUUAUCCUGCUACUAGAUGUAGGACACCGCUACAGGGAAACACUGCAUUACUAUUCUCUUGCACAGUGUAAUUAUUAGAGUUCAGACGCUCUGAUUUAUGCACCUUUAUUUCCUAUACGUCGUCAACUAUCUGUGUACAUGCGUGCGUGGUAUUAUUUUUGAGACAGGAGAUUCGUUUUGAGCAUCACUGAUAGAAGGUUAGAAAGGGACAUAGAACAAAAUAGGUCGAGAGUUGAAAACAAACCCAAGACAUAUAUUGAGCUAAAGGGUAAACGGAAACGAUACAAUCUGCUUAUACCCGACGCUGUGAAAUAUAACUAUGAAAUUAUUAAGCGAAAAAAUUGGAAAAGAUCUGUUAAAUCAAAGAUCUCACUGAUUUUAUGCUGAACGUUACAGAGCUUAGCUCGUAAUCCAGUUUCAAUGUAUCUAAAAACAUGAAUUGAAAAAUACUCUCUCACUUUUUCUCUUUCUUUGAUUUUUCCCGCAGGGUUAAGAUACGCAUACUGGUCACAAGGCUGCACACUGCAGCCUUGAAAAAAAACUUAGCGUGAUUAUUUAGAUUGUGCUUAGUGAUUUUUCGGUUUACGGAACCAAAAUCAAAUCUCAGUAACCAUACAACUAAAAGAAAUUGCUUCUGGCUUAGCAGCUAACGCAAAUAAGCUACAAAUAUUUUGUGUUUUACAAAUUAUUAAUCCUUAUAUUAUUAUUAUUGCUACUGUUAUUUAUGAAAAGCGUACAUGAGUGUGAUUUUGUUAUUAAGAUAUUUGACAGUAUAUUAAAUCACGGUUCUUAUAUAGAGAUAAGCAUUGGAUUGUACAUUAAUUUAUGUAGACUUCCAAUCCCAUUAACCGCUCCAGUCAGUCCUAAACGUGAUUUAAACUAAAUGCCUAUUGUUUCUCGUUAUAUACCCCGCACAUCGAUGAGAGGCUGCAUCUACGAACGCAGUUAAACCAUCGAACGAUUGGCAAGCCAGUUGUUGUACGAACUUACAAUAAAAUGGCGGAAGAAAUCAGCUGUUUGUGAUUUCCACCAAUAAUGAUCACGCCACUAAAUUUCAGCGUAGUAGAUUGCUAUGUCCACAAUAUUUUAUAAUGUAAGGUAACGGCCAAUUAGUUUUCAUACCGGUACUAUUCUUCCUAAAUAAACGAUAAACAACUUUUCCCGAAACACAGUGUAGUGGAACUCGUAUUUUCUGCCGGAAUUAAGGGGCGAUAGUGCUUGCAUAUUUAGAGAUUGAUACUCGACAAUCGCAAAAAUCCUGUACUAGUUUGUUCUCCUCUGAUGCAAAAACAAUGUGGCAAAAAGUCUACCAUGAACUCUUUAGUUGGACAAUAAAUUUCGAGCACUAAUCAUUAUAAAAUGCGGUUAUUAAUUGAAGCAGACUAUUACUUAAUAAUUCCUUGCAAGCAAGCAAGUCUAAAUUGUUUCUCGCAAACCUCGACUACUUGAUCAAUUUCCGACUUUAACCAUCAAAAAAAGAACUAACCUCUACCAGCGCGACUGUCAAAUUAGCAACUAAGAAUAUGUGUAAUGGUGAUCGCGGACAAACCUGUCUUUUGCGAAAUAGUAUAUCCACCUUGUCCCUUUGUUCUCUUUUAUAUAGGAUCAAUAUACUCCAGCUCCUCAAUAAGCAUUAAACUUCUCUCGCAGUUACGGAAACAAUCAUCACUAGGUGGCAAAAGUGUCACUACAUUUACUAAUAAAUUGUAAUAAAUAAUUGUUUAUUAGAUAUCUGUGUAUAUAUAUACAUUGUUAGGACACAGGCACCAGUAACAACAAGCAAACAUACCAAGACACUAAACAUACAGGGUUGAUCCGUACAUAUAGCGUACAAUACCGCAUAAUGUAUUGUACCAUUGCAAGGAUUAAAAUACUAUUAUUACGACUAAUAUGAUAUAGUUUGAUGCUAUCUAAUGAAGUAAUGUGCACACACUAGAAAAGGACUGUGGAGCUAAAUAAAUUCGAAAAUAAAAGCAAACGAACAGCAGUUUUAGUUCUUUAGUUCUUAUCCACUACCUACAGGUAGAAAUAUUGAAUGAUGUUCUUAUUUUUGAUUCUUGAAGUAGAACGUGCCUUAAAAUAAUUAUCAGCGACGCUGCUAUUUUUAACCUAGUUUUACGAUGAAUUUAUUUAAAAGGUAGUGCUUAUAAUAACGGAACUAGCCAUAAUUCCUUUGCUGUAAAAAGCGGAAAAGUAACACUUAUAUUUUUUUUUUUAUUCACUAACAUCUAGUUUUAAAAUCGUUGUAAAAAAACUGACUCAGAACAGUUUCACAGAAUGUUGGAACUUACAAUUUUCAUUCGUAAAGAAACUUGCUAUUAUAUAGUUAAAAAUUAUGUAGAUAUAACUUUUUACAUCUUGCUAUUUAAAUACACCUUUAUCACGUGAAAGGUAAAACGACUAUAAAAGUCUUAUUUUAAAAAAAACUGGAUUAUUUUUUAUUCCCUUUAUGAAUUUACCUAUGCCUAGUUCCCCAAAUAUAAAAUUGGAGUUCACAGAGGAUGUGUAGAAUUUAGUUUUCUAACCCAUGUAUCAUCUUUGUGAGUUUAUCACUUAAGAAGGUAGCACACCGCAUGCGCUAAUAACUGGUGACCAUUCAGAGG